UAUCCAAUCGUUGGAAUCGUUGAAUGAUCAAAUAGUACAGUACAUCUUUAAACCUCAUCGGGUGGAUUGCGAAGACGGCCAUGAAGAUAACGACAGGGUACAACCGAAGGAAAAUCUGAAAUCCAACCUCAGCCUCAUGAGAAGACUUCUAGUCGAUGCACAAACUAAGUUUCGCAAGAUGAUGGAGGAAAAUAAAAAACUGGCUGCCAGAAUUGAUGGUUCCAUACAGUCUGCCAAUCAAGACAUGAGCGUUCUACGUGCGGAGCUUGAAGACACCAAUAAAAGAAUUACAGAACUCAGCUCUGAUAGUGAAAAUAACAGAGAAGAUACGUACAAAAUACAACAGCAUGAACUCAUCAAAUUACGGGAAAAGAACACGCAGCUUGAAAGAGAAAAGAAAAAACUAUUGAAGCAGUUAGACGAGUUGCGAUACCUAGACCAGAUGCCGAUGGAGAUUCCAAGCGCUGGAGAAUUAAAAAUACAACUUACCCAAACAGAACAUGAGUUAGCCAGAGCUAAAGAAGCUUUAACCGCAAUGAAAAAUGACAGAAAAAAACUUAAAACUGACAAAGUUGAACUUUUACAACAAAUGAAACAGCUUUAUUCUGCACUGGAAGCCAAAGAUGAGGAACUACGGGAUUUUAUACGAAAUUAUGAAUACCAAGUGGAGGAAAGCGACAACAGUAUGAGACAAUUAGUUCUUGAAAAAGAAGAAGCUGAAAAAAAUAGGUGGGAAAUUUUAAAACGAGCGCGAGAUGAAGCUGAGCGGUGUGUCCUGCUACGAGAACAAAUGGAACACAAAAACAAAUAUUUAUCAAGGUUAGAAGAUGAACUUCGAGAGGCUAAAAGACAGUUGGAAUUAGAAAGGUCAGAACGGUAUAGUAGCACACCCAGGGAACUACAAGGUGUGGCGACUCGCGGCACACCACACUCUACUGCAGGUACUACGCCAGGUGCUAUUACCACAAGGGACAUAUCCUGUAUAUCUGGUACCAUGAGUCCCAGUUCUGAGGCACCAAUAGGAGAGUUACAUUUCUCCAAUUUUGAAAGUCCAGCAAUAGUUCAUCCUCCAGCAUCACUAGCUCACAUUGUUUCACCUCCUCAUACUGCCAGAAGCCAUCUCUCACAAUCAGGGAUAUCAGAUAUAACAGAUGAUGGCCAAGACUCUAUCCACACUGCACCGGAAUGUGACACGUCUAAAUCAACGGAGGACCUUGAUGUCGUUGAUAGCAGUGGCACGCAUGAAGAUAAGAAAAAACGAAAGAAGAAAAAGAGUGGAGCUUUUGGCUCAUUAUCAAAAGUGUUUGGUCGAGGGAAAAAUAAAAAAAUACUAGAAGCUUUAGUGUAUGAAGAUACUCCAACAGCCAGUAUGGAACAGAGAGACUCCAGUUUAGAUCUGAGUCAAGACGAUAAGCUAUUGUUAGUGGAGGAGUGUAAACAGACGGCAAUGAUCAAAUGGAGUUCUAGCAUGGUAUCGUCAUGGCUAGAAUGCACAAUGCAUAUGCCAAAGUAUACAAAGAUGUGUGCUACUAACAUCAAGAGUGGAAAGGUUCUACUCGGUUUGACUGAUGCCGAACUUGACGUAGCGUUGGGCAUAAACAACACAUUACAUCACAGAAAACUAAGACUAGCUAUAGAGGAAGAAAGAGAAGAUGUUGAAAGUAAAUAUCCAAAAGCUGGUGAAAUGGACCAUGAAUGGGUGGCAAGAAAUUGGUUGAAUGACCUCGGCCUUGGUCAGCAUUCGUUGAUGUUCGAAGAACAGCUCGUAGAUGGACGGGUUCUAAACGUUCUCAGCAAAAAAGAUUUAGAUAAACAUCUGAAUGUAACGAGAAAAUUCCACCAAGCGAGUUUACUGCAUGGUAUUGAGCUACUAAGGAGGUUAAACUUUGAUAAGGAGAUUUUGAUGGAGAGAAGGGCAUCUUGUGAAGAAAUUGAUGUUGAUCCAUUGGUGUGGACGAACCAUCGAGUUAUUAAAUGGGCCAAAUCUAUAGACUUAAAGGAAUAUGCUGAUAAUUUAUUAGAUAGUGGAGUACACGGAGCAUUAUUAGUACUUGAACCGUCUUUCAAUUCUGAUGCCAUGGCCGCAGCAUUAGGAAUCCCUUCAACAAAAAAUAUUAUUAGGCGGCAUCUUCAGACAGAAUUAAAUGGAUUGAUUACUCCAGCUAGAGGUGUGUUGGAAGCUACUGGGAUGUCAUUGCUAGGCAACAAGAAAAAAGGUUCCUCCGGCUCAGUUGGUAAAUCGUUUGUCAGGUCAUACAAAGGUGGUUACCAAGACGAAGAGAAGAAAAGAUAUAGUUUCAGGGGUUCCCUUGGUAGAGUUCUGGGCAGACGAGCUAGAUUUGAACUGGAAAGGAAUAUGUUUGAAGCAACACCAGAAGAGGCAAAAAUGAAAAGAUCUAAAAGUCAGGAACUUACAGAGAGUAGCAAUGUGUAACCUACGAAAUAAUGGUAUCACCCAAAAAUGCCAUCACCCCUAUAUUGAAAUGGUGUUCUCCAGCGAUCAUAAUUGAAUGUGUUGGUUUGUUAAGUAUUUAUUCCAGUAACAGUAGUCGCAAGAUCUCAGAAUGUAUUACUAGAUAGUUCCGAAGUUAAGUUUUCCGUAUGAUUGGAUCUGUGAAAGUAAAAAAAGGUUUUGAAGUUUUAAACGUUUUGUUUACUAGAGAAACUGUUUGCAAAUGUCUUGAAUCAUGUAACUCGGACAAACAUUUAGUUGUCCAUAAACAAGAUAAACAAAUCGCGAGAAAUUGCAUUGUAGGAAAUAUUUGGCGAUCAUGAUCAUGGUAAAAUUAACUCAUUUCAAAUCAAAGUGGGCUUUCAUUGGUGUUGACUGAUUCUGAUCCUGAAGUUGAGGAACCUACACGAUAACUAAAGUCGGCAUUCGAUCAGUGGUUCCUUCUGGAUAUGGGAUCUGGAGAACACACCAGAUGGCAAAGUGGUACUGCCCGGAUCUGGAAUCUGGGAAACGUGAUCAUUCAGCAUUUAGUAGUAUUACCCAGAUCUGGAAUCUUGGGCCACUCCCCAUACUGCUCUCCCUGAUUGUGGAGACCUCACUCCGGAAGUCAGCAUUUAGUGAUUCAGUUGAAACAAAGAACCUUAGUAACCACAGUAACCUAAUCACCAGAUGGCAAAGUCAACGUUUAAUAGUAAUGUCCAGAUCUGGAAUCUUGGACAACUCUCCGUAGUAUUUUCCGGAUCAACAAUUGUGGAGAACUGAUGAGUUGGUGAAGUCUUGCGUUCAGUGGUAUUGUCUGGAGCCGAAACGUGGGAAAUAUGAUGGCUCUGUAGCUUAUAUCGACUGCCGUAAUAUUUUGACAUUGGUUUAUAAAUGAAAAGAAUCACUGUUUCAGUCUUCAACUGCCAUUCAAGUCUGGACUUCCUCGAUUAAGAAAAUAGGGGUCCAGAUAUAUUCCUACGUUCUGUAUAUAAACAUUAUUUGUAUGGUAGUUACAGCUUAUUUUGUUAUGUUUUUACCAAAUCUAGUUUUAGUUUUAGUGCAUAACUGUGUAGGUAAUGCUGAUGAGUUUUAAAUCACAGAUGUAUGUGGUUUCUUAUACUGAUGAAAUUCUGAAUAACACAUUAUGUUUUGGAACACAUACACACUGAGCCAUGUAUAUUUUUAUAUUGUAUUGUCCCUGUCAUGGACGUUGUGGUGUUGUUGAGGUGCAAUUAGAACUCCAGGGAAUGGCUGCGAAACGCCUCACACAGCAGGGUUGGGUUUAAUUGUUAUCACAUGGAGUUUGGCUAUCACAUAGUCUAUCACUGUGUGGUGGGGUAGAGUGGGUUAUCGCAGGCUGUGUCAUAGUACGGUGGGGUAGAGUAGGCUAAUACAGGCUGUUAUGGUAUGGUGGGGUAGAGUGGGUUAUCGCAGGCUGUCAUAGUAUGGUAUGGUGGGGUAGAGUGGGUUAUUGCAGGCUGUCAUGGUAUGGUAUGGUAUGGUAUGGUAUGGUGGGGUAGAGUGGGUUAUCGCAGGCUGUCAUAGUAUGGUGGGGUAGAGUGGGUUAUCGCAGGCUGUCAUAGUAUGGUAUGGUAUGGUAUGGUGGGGUAGAGUGGGUUAUCGCAGGCUGUCAUAGUAUGGCGGGGUAGAGUGGGUUAUCGCAGGCUGGUAUGGUAUGGUGGGGUUGAGUGGGCUAUCGCAGGCUGUUAUAGUAUGGUGGGAUAGAGUGGGUUAUCGCAGGCUGUUAUGGUAUGGUGGGGUAGAGUGGGCUAUCGAUGGUUGUUACAGUAUGCUGGGAUAAAGUGGGCUGUUGCUGGCUGUUAUAGUACAAACAAAAGGAUAGUACUGGAUGGUACAGUAGGGUUGAGAAACUGUAUAACACUGGCAUAUAUAAAUAAUUACGUUUAUAGUUGGGCUAAUGCAGGGUGUUUUAGUAUACUAGUAGUUGGUUUGGUUGGGCAAACUUAGGCUGUUUAUGUAAGGAUGGGCUUAGUUUGGCUGGACAGGAAGUUUUAGUAAGAUUACAUUAAUAACUGGGCUAACAUGGGAUGUUUUAGUAUGGAUGGGUUCAGUUGGGCUAGCAGGGUGUUCUGUUUGAUUGGGUUCAAUCGAGCUAGCAGGGUGUUUCAGUUUGGUCGGGUUCACUUGAGCUAGCAGGGUGUUUAAGUUUGGUCGGGUUCACUUGAGCUAGCAGGGUGUUUCAGUUUGGUCGGGUUAUCUUGAGCUAGAACAAAGUGUUAUAGUAAUAUUUCGCAGUUGUGGGUAUACCAGACUCUUUGCACCUUCAUUAACUGCAGAGAGCACAUAUACCUGUGAGCUGUAAAAAGUAUAGGAUUGAAUGAAUAUAAUGGUUCUAUGUAUAAAUUUACUUUGGAUUACAGGAGUACAUAUUACAAAGAUUUGAAAACCAAAGAAAUGUAUUAUUUUAUCACUAAUUUGGAU